UAUUCUAAGGGAAGGAACUGUAAGUUUACAUUUGUCGAGGGCAGUGUUCUUACUCUCAAGUCGUAAUUAAUAUCAUUUUUGUUGCAAGACAGAAAGUAGAGACUUACAGCAAAAAAGUACGUGUAACAACUUAUAACUGCGGACUCAACAGUGAAAAUUUUUACUUAGUUGAAGAGAGAAAAUGAGAAAUCCUAUGAAGGAAGUUUAUAUGAAGAAGAUUUUGCUAAGUAUAUGACUGUGAGGAGGAAAGACCCUAAUAUUUCACACCUUUGCUCUUUGCUUGAAAACAUACAAAGAGAAAGAGAGAGAAAGUAGUGUUGGGGUCUUUGCAUUUUUCCUUUUGCCUACUUUUGCCAUUGAAAGAAAAAUUAUAUUGUCAACUUGAUGUGAGAAAUAAAUGAAAACUGACUCAAACUUGCAAUAAUAAUAAAUUAUCAAAAUAUUUCUGUUAAAAAAAAAAUACUGUGUGCCACAAAGUGCUAAAGAAUUACUCGUAUUUAAUGACCGUAAUAUAUUACAGUUCCAGGCGAGACUUGAAAGACAAGCCUGACAUCAUGAAGCGUAUUGAGCAAUGUGAAGGAAGCUCAAAGCGGACAGUUGUUUUGUCAAUCUUUGUAUUUUUAAUAUGUUGUUGUUUUGUGCCAUCGAAAAGUUUCCAAGCAGUCAACACGUCUAACGUAUCGGAACCACCUGUGAAUCCUUUCAAGAUACACGUACAGAAUAUUAAAACCCUGAAAAGCAUGUUUAAAACCCAGUCGGAUCGUACAUGGACAAUCCUGAAAUCCAGCACUCAUCACAUUAUAACAUCCGAAGAACCUGACAGACCAGCUGUGAUUAUGAUGGUUUUACCGACUAAAGAAUCUGAGCCAAUGGCACUUUGUCUAGCCCGACACUUCUCACAUGACAUCACUAAGGUUCUUGAUUGCCAUACUGCAACGGCAGCUUCAUAUCCUGCUAUCAAUGGCGCUGAGUACGUAGAGUAUGAAAAUGGGGAUCAGAAAAUAAAACUAGAUAAUUCCAUUCAAAAUUUGAUUAAAUACCACAGAUCAAUAAUAAUUAAUCACUUAGAAAAAUUUCACAGCGAAACUGUAAUGUAUUUUCAUGGUCUCUGUGACACAACUGAAGCUAUGUACAAGCAAAUUGCUGUAGUAUUUCUACUGGAGCCUCCUUAUGCUAUAAAAAAUGAAGCAGAGCUAGCAUUAUAUUUAGAGAAGUUGUGGAGUGACAUAGACCAUAUUAGAAUUAAACCUCUUCUUUCACGGAUUGCCAACAAUGUCAUAUUUCUGAAUGAAGACAAAAGCUUUGAACACUGUUAGUAAAUCUUCCCUUUA